AUGUUGGUUUGGCAAAGCAUCUUGUUAUUUCUAGUUGGUUGUGUCUUAUCAAAAUCACCAACUAACCUUUAUACACCAGGCUUUGUUCAGUGCCCUCAAGGUAAAUUAACUAGGUCCUCUCUGGAUGGUAUCAAUUCCAACGAAAAAUCAUACAUUGACAAAAGGUAUGCAAUUGCCAAAAAAGAAUUGAACAAGUUUCUCCAUAAUGCAAACAUGGUUGAUUUUGAUAUUGAUGGGUUUUUGGAAACAGCAAAUCCAACAAUUGGUCUUGCCUUUAGUGGCGGAGGCUAUAGAGCCAUGCUAGCUGGUGCUGGUGCAUUACUCGCUUUGGAUUCGAGAGCAACGAAUGCUUCGGUUUUGGGUGGAAUCUUGCAAAGUUCAAAUUAUAUUGCUGGUUUAUCUGGUGGCUCAUGGUUAGUUGGAAGUCUUGCAAGCAAUGAUUUGAUACCAGUAGAUCAACUUUUGCGGGAAAACAAAUUGUGGGAUAUACUGAAUUCCUUAGUUGCAUACUACGGAUUAAAUGUUGUUGAGAAUACAGCUAUGUGGGCUCGCAUUGAUGUUCAGGUUCAAGCCAAACAAUUGGCAGGCUUUACUGUCAGUAUAACAGAUAUCUAUGGAAGGGCUUUGAGUCACCAAUUGUUAGCCAACUUUGAUAAACAAGGGGCUUCAUUUUUAUGGUCAGAUGUAACUCAGACCACUUCAUUCCAAAAUAAUGAAAUGCCAUAUCCAAUAUUAGCUGCAUUGGGGAGGGAACCAAACACCGUGCUCAUGAACUUCAAUUCCACUGUAUUUGAAUUAACCCCUUAUGAAGUGGGUUCUUGGGAUCCAAGUUUAAGAAGCUUUGUUGAUACAAAAUAUAUCGGAACCAAACUUGAUGAUGGCGUUCCUACUUCUAAAAAAUGUAUUAAUGGAUUUGACAAUGCAGGGUUUUUCAUGGGGACAUCCUCAUCCUUAUUUAAUGUUGUGUUGCUGAACCUUAACAACAUGCCUAUCCCAUCAUUCCUUAAAGAGCUUAUUAGCAAGUUUACACUUGACCCUGUUGAAAAGUUAAAUAUUGAUAUCGCACAAUACAAUCCAAAUCCAUUCCACAAAAGCAAUAAUCCCGAUACUAAAAUAGCCCGAUCUCAAACUUUAUACUUGGCAGAUGGAGGUGAAGAUGGUCAAAAUGUUCCCUUGCUUCCAUUGGUCCAUCGUAAGGUGAGUGCAAUCUUUGCCUUUGAUCAAUCUGCAGAUAAAGAUAAUUGGCCAGAUGGAUCAGCUUUAAUUAAAACUUUUGAACGACAAUUUUCGUCACAAGGAGUUGGUACUGCUUUCCCAUAUGUCCCAGAUCAGAACACUUUCCUUAACUUAAAUUUAACUAGUAAGCCAACGUUUUUCGGGUGUGACGCUAAGAACUUGACAUCAUUAACUGACAACAUUUAUGAUGUUCCCAUGGUUAUAUAUCUUGCAAAUCGUCCAUUCACAUAUUUUUCUAACACAUCUACUUUCAAACUCAAGUAUUCUCAUGCAGAAAGACAAGGAAUGAUUUCAAACGGAUAUGAUGUUGCAUCACGUUUGAACGGCGAAUUGGACAAUGAAUGGGCAGCAUGUGUUGGAUGUGCUAUCGUGCGCAGGGAGCAAGAACGUCUAGGAAUUGAACAAACUGAACAAUGCAAGAGGUGUUUUGAGAAUUAUUGCUGGGAUGGCACCAUCUACAAAGGCGAACCAUUAGGUGAAAAUUUCAGCGAUGAAGGCUUGACGACUAGUGCAGAAUACUAUAAUCUGAAUAAUGUGGCUGGUAUCAACGAUGGCGGUACUGUAUUAGUUAAACGAGAUGAUGUCAGUAAAUAA